AUGAUCCGAUCCAGUCUGCGCCUCAACUCUUUGCUGGCCCAGACCCGGCGCUUCGCCUCCAAGGAGCUGGCCUUCCGCUCCGAGGCUAGGGAGAAGAUGAUGAAGGGCUGCAACCUGCUGGCCGACGCAGUGCAGGUUACGCUCGGGCCAUCAGGCCGCAAUGUGCUCAUCGACAAUGGCUUCGGGGGCGCCAAAAUCACCAAGGACGGGGUGACAGUGGCCAAGGCGAUCGACUUCUCAGACAAGUUCAUGAACGUGGGGGCCAACCUGGUCAAGGGAGUGGCCAGCAAAACCAAUGACAAUGCGGGGGAUGGAACUACCACCGCCACUGUGCUGGCCCGGGCUAUCCUUAAAAACGGGCUGGCCCAUCUUGACGACGGUAACUCGACCCUCGUCCGGAAAGGUAUCAACAAGGCGGUAGAUGUCCUUGUUGAGUAGCUCAAGAAGGCAUCUCUCCCUGUGAAGGACGUCGAGACUGUCCGCAAUGUGGCCCGCAUCUCUGCCAACGGCGACGAGAAGAUCGGGUUGCUGAUCUCUCAACUUUACGAAAAGAUCGGCGAUUUGGGUUCGGUCACCGUGCAGGACGGUAAGACCCUGGAGCACGAGAUCGAAGUCAUUGAGGGACUGAAAUUUGAUCGAGGGUUCAUUUCCCCCUACUUCGCGAACGAGGAAAAGACCCAGAAAUGCGUCUUCAAGGAUAGCCACGUGCUGAUCGUCAACAAAAAGAUCUCUGCCUUCACCGACCUCAUCCCCAUCCUCGAGCACGUUAAGGAAAAGAACCUGAACCUGCUGAUCAUCGCCGACGACGUGGACAGCGAGGCCCUCACUCCCGUGAUCAUCAACCGGCUCAAGGGCGGCCUCAACGUCUGCAUCGUCAAGUCGCCUUCCUUCGGGGACAACCAGAAAGCGAUCUUGAACGACAUCGCGACCGUGACUGGUGCAACGGUCAUCUCUGAGGAGCUGGGCAUGGACCUCCGGAGCGCAGGGGAGAAUGUGCUGGGCAAGUGCGCGAAGGUGAUCGUCAACAAGGAUGACACGAUCAUCGUCUCUGGCGACCAGCACAAGAAAGCCAUCGAGGAGCGCAUCCAGCAGAUUCAGGAGCAGAUCUCGGUCACCAAGUCUACCUACGAUAAGGAAAAGCUUGAAGAGCGGUUGGGGAAGCUUCGAGGUGGGAUCGGAGUGAUCAAAGUUGGAGGAGGCUCUGAUGUUGAGGUUGGGGAGGUCAAGGACCGCAUCCAGGAUGCCCUUUGCUCGACCCGAGCAGCCACUGAAGAAGGCAUCGUCAUUGGAGGAGGCUACGCUCUCUUCUACGCCUCGAAGGCAAUCGAAUCUCUCAAGGGAGCCACCCCUGAAGAGCAGAGCGGCAUCGACAUCGUCAAGAAGGCCAUCCUCUUGCCGGCCAAGACCAUCGCUGAGAACGCGGGCCACAACUUCAAUGAAAUCAGGGCCAAGCUUCAGACCGACAACGACAAGGGCAAGGGCUUCGACUCAUACAAGGGCGAGUUCGUGGACAUGGUCAAGGCCGGGAUCAUCGACCACAAGGUGGUCAGGUGCGCACUGCAGGAUGCCUCAUCCGUGGCCUCGUUGAUGCUCACCACCGAGUGCAUCAUCGUCGAGAAGAAGGAGGACAAGCCCGCGGGCGGCAUGGGUGGCGGCAUGGGCGGCAUGGGCGGUAUGGGUGGCAUGGGCGGCAUGGGCGGCAUGGGCGGCAUGGACUAUUGA